AUGAAGUCAGGAGAGUCAGUUUCAGAGUAUUUCUCAAGGACGAUGGCAAUCGCAAACAAGAUGCGGAUUCAUGGAGAGAAGCUGGAGGAUGUCACUAUAGUUGAAAAGAUUCUUCGAUCAAUGACGGUAAAAUUCAAUUUUGUCGUUUGUUCAAUUGAGGAAUCUAAAGAUAUUGAUACACUGUCAAUUGAUGAAUUGCAAAGUUCUUUGCUGGUGCAUGAGCAAAAAUUAAGUAAGCAAGAUCAAGAGGAGCAAGUGUUACAGGCAGAAACAAAAGGUGUCUGGCAUGAUAAAGAAUGUCGUACUAAUUUAAUCAAAGAUCGUGGAGAACGUAGUGAAAGGUCCAAUUUUGCAGAAAAGGAAGAAGAGAUUUCUCUUCUUAUGGUAUCUCACAUUCAAGAAGAAACUAAUGAGAAUUUAUGGUAUUUAGAUACUGGUUGCAGCAACCAUAUGUGUGGAGUUAAAUCUGCAUUUUAUGAUUUGGAUGAAUCUUUUAGGAAUACUAUAAAGUUUGGUGAUAACUCUACAGUAUCUGUUAUGGUGUUGGGCAGCUUCAAGGGAUAUGAGAUCUCUAUCAAGGAUGGUAUUUGUCGAAUUCAAGAUGACAAUUUGGGUUUAAUUGCCCACGUUAGAAUGACUGCAAAUCGAAUGUUCCCAUUGUAUCUUCACAAGACAACACAUUCUAAUUUCUCUGCAAGUGUAAAGAUGAAGCAUGGUUAUGGCACUUACGAUAAGGGCACCUAA